AUGAAGAACAUCGAACGGGAGUUGAUCUGCCCACUUUGUAAGGAGAUGUACAAACAGCCCAUCAUUCUGCCCUGCAUGCACAAUGUCUGCCUGAUGUGUGCCACAGAGCUCCUGGUGCAGCAGGGCAUCCUCUGUACCGAGCCCAUCUCCGAGCCCUCUUCACCAGCCUCCACCCCCAUGAUGAGGAGCCCCCGCCUGGGCCGGCGCACAGCCCCCAAGGCCGACAGGCUGGACCGACUCAUUCGAUCAGGUUAUGGGACCUACCCUGGCCGCCGGCGCGGCAACGCCCACCCCCAGAGCGUCAGCGUGCCCUGUCCCAGCUGUCAGCGGGAGGUGGACCUGGGCGAGCGGGGACUGACCGACCUCUUCCGCAACCUGACCCUGGAGCGCAUCGUGGAGCGCUACAAGCACACGGCCAACCUGGGGGCCGCGGUCCAGUGCCAGCUCUGUAAACCCCCCACCCAGGAAGCCACCAAGGGCUGCACCGACUGCCGGGCCAACUACUGCAACGAGUGCUUCAAGCUCCACCACCCCUGGGGCACCCCCAAGGCCCAGCACGAGUACAUCGGACCCACCCUCAGCUUCAGACCCAAGGUACUGAUGUGCCCAGAACAUGAGCUGGAGAAGGUGAACCUGUACUGUAAAACAUGCCAACGUCUGAUUUGCCAGCUCUGUAAGCUGCGGAGGGUACACACAGCGCAUAAGAUCACCCCAGCUGGCAACAUUUAUCAGGCACUGAAGGAUAAACUCAGCAAGACAAUCACCUACAUCAUUAGCAAUCAGAACCUGGUCCAGACCCAGAUCCAGACUCUGGACGAGCUGGUACAACAGACCGAGCGCAACAGCUCCAAGGCCCAAGAGGAGGUGGUGAAGUUGAUUCAGGAGCUGUGCUGCUUGCUGGAGGACAAGCAGACGACCCUACUGCAGGCCAUUGAGGAGUGCAAGCAGCAGAGACUGCAGAGCCUCAGCGCCCAGAUCUCGGAGCACCAGGGAAUGCUGGAACAUUCCGGAAUGGUGAGCUACACGCAGGAGGUGCUGAAGGAGACCGACCACCCUUGCUUUGUCCAAGCAGCCAAACAGCUGUAUUCCAGGAUUGUAAAAGCCACGGAAUCAUUGCAGAACUUUUCCCCAGCGGCAGACCCAUCAUUCGACCACUUCCAGUUGGACAUCACCAGUGAACUGAAGCUUCUCAACAAUCUGCAGUUUGCCACAGCGCCCGAUGCCCCGGUUAUUGACACCCAGCGGACCUACGCCUACGACCAGAUCUACCUCUGCUGGCGCCUGCCCAAGGACUCAGCGGCCGCCUGGCACUACGAGGUGGAGUUCCGGCAAGCUGACCACUCGGCCAAGGGCCCUCGGCGCUGGCAACGAAUUGAGGAGGUGCGCGGCACUGGCACGGCUGUCGGGCACCUGGACAUGGACCGGGUCUACGCCCUGCGGGUGCGCGGCUACAACAAGGCAGGAUACGGAGAAUACAGCGAGGAGAUCUACCUCCGCAGCCCCCCCGCGCCAGUCCUCCACUUCCUCCUGGACAACAAGUGGGGCUUUUGCCGGGACCGUCUGAUCGUCAGCAAGGACCAGCGGGCUGUCCGGAGUGUUGCCGGGAUCCCCAUGCUCUUCGCCGCCGAGCCCAUCAUGACCAGUUGCCACCUGUCCAUUGACCUGGUCAUCGGUGACGUGGCACUGACCCAAGGCAAGCAUUACUGGGCGUGCUCUGUCGACCCCAGCUCCUACCUGGUGAAGGUUGGCAUCGGGUUAGAGAGCAAACUCCUCGAGUGGUUCCAAGUGCCCCAGGAUGUGGUCAGCCCCAGGUACGACCCCGACAGCGGGCAUGACAGUGGGGCCGAAGAUGCCACCGUCGACGCCGCGCCGCCCUAUGCCUUCUUGACCAUAGGGAUGGGCAAGGUCCUGCUGCCCCAGGGCUCCCCCCUGCCGGUCCGGGACCCAGCCGGGGGCACCGCCCCCCUUCCCUCGCGGCUGGGGGUCUGCCUGGACUACGAGAGGGGGCGGGUGGCCUUCUACGAUGCGGUGUCCUUCCGGAGCCUGUGGGAGUGCGGGGUGGACUGCAGCGGGCCCGUCUGCCCGGCCUUCUGCUUCGUGGGAGGGGGUGCCCUCCACCUCCAGGAGCUGGUGGCCACCAGACCUGAGCAGAAGGCCGUCAACUGCGCCACGCACAAAGCCAUGAUGGGCUGGGCCCCCUUCGGCGGCUGGAACCCAGGAUCCUUGAUGGCCGCCAGCAUUUACCAACGCCCCGACUCCGGCACGCCGAUAUGA